UUGCACCGCUUUGGACUUGAUUCAGUCUUAGAAAGAGAUCUUCCUGAACAACGACGGACUCACAAAAAUGUGAGGAAAAGUGCAAAAAUCCACCUUUAAGUGAUGGUUGUUCUUUGUCGUUGAUAGGCCAGUCACCUUGAAUUGAAGCGGAAAUUGAAAGUGACACUUCCAGACAAUUUCAUGGGCACUUUCAUGAAGCUAAACGGCACGAUGUCUCAAUAGAAUGAGAAGAAGGCUUUAAAAAGAAGUUAGUGGAUGGAGAGGUACCUUGAAAACGUGCAUCCUAAGACUUACUAGACUGGAAGUCAAUGCCGUAUCUAUGAUUUGUGAUUGCAUUGCUCAAAGUAUGGCACAAACCGAUCGAGGUUGGUCGUUUUUGUUUCCAAUUGGCAAUGGGUCCUACCACGAUCAAGCGUCUACCAACACCCGGCACACCUUCCCGUGCAAUCUGUCUGGACGAGCUGGCAAGCUCCAGAUAUUCGGUGUUUUAUUCUGUUUUGUAGCCGGAAUAGCCCUGGGCCUUACGAUCUCGUUCUUGAGUAUUUUCCAUGGAACAUUGGCAAUUAUCGGAGGAAUGUGUUUCCUCUGGACAGGGAUUUGUGCUAUUAUAUCCAGCCACCAGAGACGCUCUUGCAUAGCGACCAAAACAAUAUUUGAAGCAAUGCCUAUAAGGAGCAUCUAUUGCGAUUUAAAAAAUGUGGACGGUCAUUGCUCUCUUCUCCAGCCAAGGUAUGGUAAAUACGAACUAAUUAUAUCUUUGUGGGCAGUUAAGCCAUUUGCCAGUGGCUGCAUUGUUAUCAUGUGCAAAUUGUUCAAGGCUACGCCAAAGAAGAGGUCAGACAAGCGGACAAUGUUAGGUGGUGGGACAAUGGGCAAGUUCAUACCACCAAGACGACAACUGAAUAUUUGGCCCCCAAGGGCACCAGGGCGAUCCCCCACCGAUAUUUAUAAUCACCAUAUCUUGUCCCAGUAGACUCAUUCUUAUGUUCGAUUGUCCAGCGACGCUUUUCAUGUUAUCAUGUCAGUUGUGACAGUAUCAAAAACUCGCUAGUUUCAGGUUGUUUGCAACACUCCCAAGAAGGCCUUCGCCAAAGCCGCUCAGAAGUGUAUGUGGGGUGGAGGAAUUCAAAUUAGGCGAUCAAAACUAAGUUCAUGUUCUUACGUUGUUAUAUUUGUCAAGUAAUCGAAUUCGGACGAAUAAUCAUUUAUCAAGUAAGAUUCCAUUUUGUGAGCGAUGGGAAUAAUGGUUCAAAAGAUGAGUUAUUAUUUGACACAUUUGCGUCCCAUUAUUGCCCUGUGGAGUUUUGGACCGUAUUUCAUUACCGUAUAAAUAAACGACUGUGCAAGAACUUUGAGAAGAAGGAUUGUACGAAAAAUUCGCGUUUCAAUAUCCUUCAAGUUGAGAUCUUGCGUCGUUUCGCUAUAGAUACGUCCCUCUCCAUUAAUAGAUUCUCUUACACAAACUGCUUCACACGCACGUCAAAUGUGGAAAGUGCUGACAUUCCACUCUUAGAACAAAAGUUUGAAAAUUUUGGCCCAAAAAGGAAACCUUUUUCCCGGUCUAGUAGACUAAUGGCACUUAGAUUAUAUAAAGAUAACUUUUCUGCAAAAGUCUUGAUUAGAAAUUGGAGAAGAGUACCCAAAGUAGUUUAUGAUUCCCCUGAAGAGGGCUUGUCAGGGUUGAAUGCUAUUUCAAUAAAAUAAUGCAAGUAUUAAAUCGGUAUUUUUGACCCUUAAAAACCAAUUAAC